AUGGGCAAACGAAUUACGAUUGAGCGGGCCCCAGUUGUAACCAAUGUUAGCGAAAGAGUGAAUCCGCGCCUAGAGGAUGUUACAGUAAGUAUCGUGUCAUCUCGACGUUCCUUUAGACCUCCACAGCAAUUGAGCCAUACGCGGAAUUUCCACAAAUCCAUGCCGUAAUGAUGAAGGCUAAACCAUUUACAGAGGAAGUAAAUCGGUUUCAAGGUAAUCCCGUGCGUUGUCCUUAAAUUUCGCCUUUUUCCUCUCUUGUCCCCAACGUAUGUCUCGUCCCGUCUCUCCGGAGUCGUUUGCGUAAGGUCCGCGAUAAUUCAAUCAUACACCCUGAUAGCAUUUAGUCGCCCAGGGCUAGAUAUUUGCUAGCCCGUUCUGUACAGAACUGUAAAACGCUACCUGGAAAUUUAGAUGAUAGACCAUGAGGAAUGACGCAUGCUCGUCCUCUGCUAUUAUCUUUAGAAACUGAAACCUAUUUGUCCGUUAUAUUUUUAUGACUCGAUGGUGGCAGGAUAUCCUACCAAUUGAUUUCAUGCCGGGCGGCAUGUGUGUUGCCUCACCAAGAACCAUGCCCCUCUGGUUAAUGACCACCUGUCUGCCUGUUUUUGUUUCAUUUCGAGAUGUUUCAAAUUUUCGCGCCGUGUGACUAUCACACCGGUUUCAUUCCCAGCACCUCUGUAAAGGUUCCAGGAAAUCAGGGUUUUCGUAAAACCUGUAUGUUAAUGCAGUAGUUUCCCGCAGAAGUUGUGUGGGCGUCCUUUGCUCGUCCUAGUCGCUGGACUUUCUGUAACUAAACUUUAUUAGCUGCCUGAAUGGAGGAUUGGCUUGCCGUAGUCGGAUUAUCCUCUCGGAACACUGUAAAUGUUACCAUUGUUAUUACUGUUUUAUGCGAGACCCAACUUCUACUAGGCUUGCGAGGCUGAACGACCAUAAGGUUAACGUAUACGCACACUUCCAAUUAUUAUUAGGAUCUUUCAUUUGUGUGCCAUAUUGUUCCCCCAAUUUCGCCAAACCCGCAAACAUACCUAGCAAAUUUCAAAUGCCUUAAUCUCAAACUCGACGUCUUUGUUAGUGAGUUUGUCUCGUUUUCUUCUUCCGACGAAAUUGGACUAUUCUGUCUUCGAGCUGGAUACGAAGGCACUUCGGCGCGUUCUCCCUUGCCUGUGCUUGGCACGGUCAUGCUUAUGUUUACUCUAACCGGCCUAGAUGGUACGAAUUCUAGCUCCGCGUAGGACGAUAUACUGCGCCAAAUAUGGAGAGCUCGACCCAGUCUCUUUUUCAACAACAAAGGUCAAAUACCGACGACCCGAAACUACCCGCAUCUCUUGACAGACGUUGCUGAAUCAGGUUUUGGAUUGAACUCUUAAAAAUGUACAGUUUGUCAGCGAUGCCAGACCAAGGGUAGCAAUAUUGCAUCCGUGGAACGAGGACGAAGAACGUAUCCAAACCAUCUUGGUUGUUUUUCUUAGAUGACGUCAGGCGACUCCACGAAGUCAGUGUACUUCGCCCAAAAUAUGGUUUUCUGGAACGUUGAUCGGACAUCAGUUUUCCCUCGUUUUCCACGCUCACAUCCCGACAUCCACAAUCGUCCAGGAGCACUAAGCGAGCAAAUGCCCGGUACACGCAGAUCCUUGUGGUGGUGAUGUCGCCUUGGUUCAAUUUAACACUUUCCGAGGAUUUUCAAGGCUCUGGGAGCAAUAUCGGUUCGCGAAACUACGUUUCUUUUAACCCACCCACGUGGUAGCAACUUCGUCCCCAGGUGUUCGGGACUGUCUACUUCAAACUGCAGCCACCGUUUCGGAGGCCUGCAUUUCUGAUCUGAAAUGCUACUCGAGCUUACCUUUGUCUUCCAGGCGUCGAUAGAUCAACCGACUGACACAGCGUGUACAUUCCUUCGUGGCACUACGCCGUUGGUCACCGCAACCGAGAUGCAUCAGCGUAGCGGCGUGUGGGUGCGAAUUCGGGACCGUCAGUUCAGUGAAUGACCUUCCCAAGGAUCUAGUUAGUUGCACAGUUAUGCAUCAUGAGCGACGGGAUUCAACCUUCUCCAACAACAGAUCGGAUAUUGAGGUGCUGGACUCGAUCACUGAUGGUGCAGUAACGGACCUUCGUCACAACGAAGAUUUUUUUCCGGCAUACUGUAUAAUGGCGUUUUUCAUCACGAUGCGACUAAGUCAACAAAGCAGACACUCCUAGGUUGCUUGCAGCCCAAUCGAGUCCCAAACGCUCCAGAAUGUAAACGUUUGGUUGGUGCAUCCAUGUCCGUCUCUGAUCUUGACCCCAUUGACCUUUGCGUUCGAGUCGCGCACACUGAAACUGUUUGAGAAUGAUAAUGACAAACACGCUUACGACAACGUCCAUGAUAAUAAUGCAACGAACUUAUAUCCCUAUUUAAAGACGGGUACAAGACGGACCGAGCCCUAGUCACCGGAAAUGGGCGCAUCUCCUCAUACUUGCUCUAUAACCUUAUGGAGCUAGGGUGUCGGCAUAGAACUUAUAGACGUCGGCUGGGAUGCCGUCCUCUUUGGGCACCUGGUCGCGCGGCCUCAGUAUUUCAUCAAUUACUGUCACAGAACACUACGUAGGCUGGAGGAAGUAUAAACUCUGCCGCAGAGAAAAAAAAGCAGAUGACAGGUUGGUCAUAGAAGUCGAGGGUCUCAGGACGCUCAUGUUAGUGCAUUACCUCAGUUUAGUCGUCAACAAUAAAGCCGCCGUACACAUUUCGAACAGCCACUCGGUGCACUGAACACAUCAUUAACAGAAUGCUUAAUUUGACAGAUUCCGACGUUUGAAGCCUGUCCCGUAGAGUUUCCUCACCCCGACCCACUAGUUUUUUGUCAUCUCUAGUUGACUUUGCUGUCAUUUCUGGCGUUGACGAAAGGAGUAAUUGUUGCCAAAGUUGUUGCCAGCUGUCAAGGCAGACGGCUGUAAGGAUCUUGAGCUGAUGAAUUGUCAUAACGUUGCUGCCUCGCGAUUUUUAAUUCAUUAUUCACGACCGCUUGCCACCGCCGUCUCAUUUGAUCCAGACGACAAAGAGAGAUCGGAAUUCCUGACUUAGAGCAUUGACUAUUCUGGCUUGUCGUAUUGUUUCGAUACAAAGCUGUUUUAUACGAAAAAUUCUGGAAUUGGAUGACGGGUGAACUCCCAGGAAUGUGCGAAAGAGGACAUGGUGUGAUCUACAAGGGUUGUAAGUUUCGGUACCACACGUUGAUCGGCUCUCAUGAACCCAGUUAGGAAACUCCGGGCUGUCUAGAACAUAGUCGAUCUGGCAGCCGUCUGGCCAUCGUUUGUACGAAUAUUUGUAACGAUGUGGAAGCACUUGUUAACAAUAACCGGCCAGUUCUAGUCAGCAAAACCAAACGUUCUUUCGCCAUUGUCACAUUGGAAACCAAGCCCCAAUCAGCUGUAAAGGUGAUUGUUUGGAGGAUCGCCCUACAAAGUCUCGCAUUCCAGUCCUAGGCAACAGUCAGUAGGUUACGAUAAGGACUCUUCUGACUGGUUUCUGCAGUUAAGAUUAGGUUGGUCGCUGAUGUCGUGUAGACGAGAGGGUCAAAUAUGUUAGUAAAGUGCACCUUCAGUCGUAAGUAUGCGAGCCAGUUAUUGAUUGGUUUCCACUCAAGCAACAAACGGCUCGCCUGACGCAAGAGGACAAUCAUACUAGAUGGAUCGCGUGAUCCGCUGUGAUAGAGAGCGAAAUGGGACUUUGUUGGGAGCCUGAGUCGAGGCUUCAGGCAGAGUAGACAUCUGCGUUGUGCUGAUAAAGACUGUGUGUCGUAAGAUUUCGGGUGCCAAAGUCAAGGAAAGUUUGAAAAUUCAAGCAUUCAGCACCAACGGCCCGCCCCUUAUUAAGAAAUCCAAUUCAAAUAUGAUUAGCCCGCUACUGCGUCAGAGUUGUGAAGCGCUUCGGUUCCCGUGGAUAUCGUAGCAUGGAUUGACAUUUUAUUCGGAUAUUCUGACGACAUAGAAAUUGUAAGUUCAGAUUGGUUCCGAACCACCACCCGGAUUAUUUAUUUGAGGUCGCCUCUAGCAACAUCGGCAGGUAAACUUAUUUAGUAGCGCUUCACGGUCUUCAUGUCCCAGUGCCGUCAUCCAUCUUUACUGUCUUUUAUAAGGUAGUCAGCUUGCCAAAUCUCAGUCAUCGGCAGCCCGGUGGCAUUGUGGCUGCCCAUUCGUAACUGUCCAUUCGUCAGACUCGAGAACCAGUCUGUUUCGUAAGUAACGUUCACUGAAUGCUGCUCCACUACUCUCCGUCUGUGGACGCGCCGAGUAACUGGCAGUUAGGUUAGCAAGCGACCCUAUCUCCCCCGCGGCCACCAGUUGUCUCCAGCUAUCCAAUUCUUUGGCUGCUUCGACUUCUGCCCUAGGACGACAAUGGGGCGCCCCAUCCGUUGGCCAUAAUUAUUGCAUCAUCGUGAUAAGUCUUCUUCUAUUAUUCGACACAUCCUCCCAAAAAACCCAUUUGGAAGCGUUCAUUUCCAGACCAUUGUCGACUGAUUCCAUGCCUGUGUGGACUGUGACGGACUCCUUUGUCGUAAGAGAGCUCGCUAACGUCAUAAAGUUGUUGCUGCAAUGAAGAGGCGCAGUACACAGACCAGAAUAAUCGACGGACGCGUGCCGGAGAGCCCAUCUAAUUCAACAGAAGUGACGGGGUAACACAGGUCAGGCGGAUACCUGAGUUGACCUAUCCUUGGUCUGUGGGGGUUGGCUUGAGUGAAUCAUACUAGCUUUGGAAGCAUGCCAUGCACUAUGAUCAACCAUGGAAGAGCUAAAUAGCUUGAAUUAAAUGUAGACAAAAAAUCUACGAAAUAAGCUAGAUUAGGCCUAAACCCACGCAAGUUCCCUCUUGGACGUUCUAUGUUAUCAGCAAAAACGACUGACAGCGAUAACUGCGAAGAUAUUAGCGGUGGUAUAAGGUGGGUUUAUGUUGUGGUAUUUGUUGCACAAUGGUCCGUCACAUUUCUCAAAGAUUGAAGUGACGAAUGCGUCACUCCAGCUGAUUAAUGCGAUAUCCGUUUUCUAAAACUGAGCCAGUAGGCCGUGUACUCAGUUGACCGACGACGGCAAAUAAGCCAAGAGUUGCCCACUUUACCCGGAUAAUUUUCUCGUCAGUUUAAACAUGAAGGAUCUAGGCAUCUGGGGUGUCGGAAGGGGUUAUUAAUGAUACCCAGCAGUUCGACGUGGCGAAAGCAAUAUGUAAUUUAGCAAUCGCACAACGCCCUCCCACUACAAAAUGGCUCUGAGCGCUACGAAAGCGCAUCGAAUCCGGCCAGACGUCUUUAUCAUGGACGACCUUAACGCACAAUUUAUUGGCGGGAGUUUAGUAUAUGUACAGGGGCAGAAACUAGCAUUUGGCCAACAUGAUACUCCAGUUAUUCCUCAGUCAGCGUCUUUUGUUUCCGAUAAGGGUACGUGAAGGAUACCAUUAGAUUGCGGGGAUCUGAUGCUCACGAAAUCAUUGGACAGCAUUGAUGAGAUGAAACGCCUACCUACCCUUGAUUGGGACGACCAUAUCGUACGCCCAUGAGAUAUUCACUCUUUUCGGUGCUCAAAAAAGCUCAUUAGAAUUUGAUGAACGAUUUGGCGCGGUGAUUUUUUAUGAGUUAAGGAUCGAACUAAGCAGCAUAGACGUUGAAUCAGCUUUUUCUGACAACAUAACUGAGGAUCAGGAAUGGUUCACUGAGGUAUUGAACAUGCUCCUCCGAAACCAUCACCCGAUUCUAUGGGAGAGAUUGAGCAACGAGCCACUGUAAUUGGCAGAGGCUUAAGUAGGGAAGUAAACAAAAAGCUGAGGCUAUGUAGGAGAUCCCACACCAUGUUCAUGGAGGCAUACAAGGCGCAGAGAAGCCUAGUCAAACUACUUAUCCUCAGAGCAUGGCAAGAUUUUGGAAUAGAUCUGAAUCAUGCAGUGGGGGGCUCAAGGCCACCACGGUUACAUAGGAUGGAGCAAGAGAAACGGAGAUUCUACGCUCCUGCUGAAAACUAAUAAAUACAAAGAUAUCAGUGGGGAUAAAGCUAAAACAUAGCGCAUUUUGCCGUUUUUACUUAAUAAGCUGAAUUUAGUCAUCGGCACUACAACUUGGGGGAAGGCCCAACGGUUGGGAUUGUAUCUUUCACCAAAAAUUGUUCGUAAAGAGCUGCUAAAGCUGAAUGAGUCAAAACCACCGGGUCUAGAUGACAUGCCGCCUAAAUUACCAAAGAAACUUGCUGCCGAACUAGCUAAACCGCCAUUUGUGCAUUUUCAAGCCUCGUUCGAAACUGGCUGUCUACCCCUGGUUGGUAAUCUGCACGGAGCACCCUGCUAUAUGAUAGCACUUGCAAGGUCUCCACAAACAAUUAUGUACUAGUUAGUGUCACUUUUAUCUGCCGAAAACUAGGGGAAAAGUAAUUGGGCGAGUGCUAGCGUGCUUCCUAGAGCAACAUAAGCAACCCUCUGUUGCCCAGUAUGGUCUCGCCUGACAAGCUUUAUUCUUUGGAAUGCUCGACUUAAGCAGUUGAAGGGUAGGAUACGGUGCACGUAGUCUGCAUCAAGUUAAGUUUGUAGAGGAGAGAGCUCGGUGGUGAUAAUUUGAGAGAGAGCUCACCGGAACAGAGUCAAUGUGCUGCUGGCAUUUCGGAGGGCUUGGUUAGCUCACCAUUGUCAAUGGAGAACAUCGGACAGGACUUUGAAUUAUUGGCCGAGUUAAUCGGCCUUUAUGUGACUGAGUUUCUUCAUCUUUCGUUUCCUCAAUUAUUUGGCAGAUGUUUGACUGACUUGGCCACCGUUUGCGUCAUAUGUCAUCACCUUGAUGAAGGGUGGCUGUGUCCCUGCUCCACUUCGAGUAGGUUCGUCGUCGGGCCGUGUUUGCUCGAUUUUCUUUAAUGCGAUGUAACCGUCUUGUCCUGGUCUUUGUGUAGGACGGCAAGAUCAAGAUGCCCUUUGAUGGAAUCUACGUCUGGAUAUGACUCCACAACUGUGAGUCGUUAUGUAUUUGCUGUACUCGCGCCUAAGGUGGUCGAUCCGUGAAGUUCAGAAGUAUGGUCAGUUUUUCCAAUGCCAAUUGCAAGCUGAACAUUUGAGUCUAACAUUGGUGUUGCUAUUUUGUGCGUAUGUAGGCAGGUCUAAAAUUUCCGUUCGGUAUCCGCAACAUAGUUGCAGUCCUCAUCAUUGCAACACAUUUGAUGGAUAAAUGUCGAGGUUUUGGCGAGUGACAGUGUGUCCUAAAUUGAGCUGACCAAACUCUCCAAAACAUCAGUAUCAGAGUUAUUCUGUUCCGCUGAACUUCCAAAAUGCACAAAGACUGUUUAUAUUAUGCCACAUUAGCAUUUCAUUUGUAAACUCAGUCGGACGAUCUCCCGAUGCGGAUUUGAGGUUUUAUUGGCCGGUUUCAAAUUGUUCAGGUUGAUGACCAGCAGUUGGCGGAGGUGGCGGUUGGGAGGGAUGUUCCAAAAGACUCAGCUUUGGCCUUACUAUGUUCAUUAUGUACGUCGAUGACUGCAUCAUUGCUCAGGAAUGCGAUGUCGCUGUCCACCGAGGAAAUCAAAUUUCGAAGCGUCAUCUACGACGACACCGAUGAAGCGCACUUUCAGGCAGGCUUACACAAACAGACGCAUUGAUCGAAUCACUGGUUCUUACCGUUCAAUGUGAAUACGUGCAAAAUUAUGUGAGUGGGCAGAGUCUGAUUUUCGAAUCACAGGAUAUGCUGCUACUACCAUUGAGCGUGGUGCCACAAUACUUUCAUCAUACUUAGAGGCAUUCGUACACAGCAGGCAGUUUGUUCGACCGCAACCCACCCAGCAUAUUAGACUUGCUGCGGUUGCUGCCACUGUUGCUGUUUCAGGGCCGGUUAUUCAUUGGAGCAAGUCUGCUAAAGGCCAUUUCCAUGCCCGCCACUCAUUAACGUUAUGUGGCUAGCAGGUAAGCCUCAUGACUCCAGAGACUCUGUCCUUCCAAUACACUCUAUGCCAACAUUGUCUCAGGGAAUAUGUCGUCAUCUAGAAGAAGCCAUCAGUGCACAUCGAGUGCAUACUUUUCGUCCCCAGUUUAGUGAGCACAAUGCCACUGUGUGAGAUCCAACGUUCCCCCAGCAAUAACUCUAAGGUUAUCAGCCCAAAACCAAUCUCUUUAUGGCUCUUGACAAUCUUGAGGUGGGUCGGUUAGAAUUAUAGAAUUCAAGCUAGGUUGGAAGCUCUAUAUGAGGAGAAGAAGCGCCUUCCGGUUAUCAGUCAGUUUGCCUUAUAGAGUGCGUAUGUAUAAGGUUUAUUAUGAGGGGAAACGUGCUAGCGUUCUCGCAACACGAACUGGCCAAUUUUCUUUUGUUGAAGUACUUGUUACUCUUGUAACCGAACUUAUUUACCUCCCGCAUAGUGUAUGGUUUACCGGAAAUUGUUGGUUACACGCUGCCCCUGUGUUCAGUAACCGUUCUUCUACCUAGGGCUUUUUCAUACUAUCCUUACAGUAAAUCUGGUUUAGAAUGUUAAAGGAUCCUUCGUUUGCGAGGUCGGUCGGGAGAUGUCAAUGAACAUACACCUUUUAUAGAAAGCGUGACAUUUUGCGACUCGAAUUUAUUACGCUUUUUCCUACAUACAGAGUAGUUAGCUUGAACACAGUGACUCUCAGCGGACAAUAACGGAUGUGCUUUUCGCCAUCCUGGCCGGUUAACUUUGUGCUGAUUGGUGUGUACUUUGUGUUUUUACUCUGAGAUUAUCUUCGUCCUGCCUUUACAUAUGGACUGCAUCAUCUAUCUACUGUUUCUUGUCUUUCAACCCUUUGUCUGAUCAAGCUACAUCUUCUAAUCCAAAUCGGUAUUUCUAAUCGAGACGUCUUUUUUUUCAAGGAUCUACGGGUGACAAGGAGUAUGUGCGGCUUAUGGAGAGUUUAGAAUUACUUAUCCUUGAAUUGGAUGGCAUUGGCGUUGACGGACAGGAAGAUGUGCGGAAUGCCCGACGCUCGGCCGUCCGCGAACUUCAGCAAGUUCUUGAAAUGCUGGAGUUUCGUGGUUCCAUGUCUGGUAAUGAGGGUGGCACCAGUAACAAUAAAGACGACAGUGAGGGUGACAACAUCGGUGGCUACAGCGGCAGCAGCAACAACAACAACAAAGAGGAUUCUUGCGCAGACAAGACCAAUAACGAGGACAUUGAAGACGCGUCUAAAAAGCAAGCAUAG